ACGGGUUUGCUUCACUCUCUUUCUUGCUCUCCAAUCCACUGCUUCUCGUGCUCUCGCUCGCUCGCUUCAUGGAAGGCUUGCAUAAUGCUCCCCAUUCGAUGGGAACUACGAUCAUCGGGGUCACCUACGAUGGUGGCGUUGUUCUCGGUGCCGACUCGAGGACCAGCACAGGGAUGUAUGUCGCCAAUCGGGAGUCGGAUAAGAUUACUCAGCUGACGGACAAUGUCUAUGUCUGCCGCUCUGGAUCGGCUGCUGAUUCCCAGAUCGUCUCUGAUUAUGUCAGAUAUUUUCUUGAGCAGCACACGAUUCAACCGGGGGAACCGGCAACUGCCAAAGUUGCUGCUAAUUUGGUUAGGUUAUUGUCAUACCAGAACAAGAACAUGCUUCAAACUGGCCUCAUUGUUGGUGGCUGGGAUAAAUAUGAAGGGGGACAGAUUUACUCAAUUCCGCUUGGAGGGACUAUCUUGAAAGAACCUUUCACUAUUGGCGGAUCUGGCUCCAGUUACUUGUAUGGUUUCUUCGAUCAAGCAUGGAAGGAAGGCAUGAGCAAGGAAGAAGCUGAGAAAUUGGUGGUGAAGGCUGUUUCUCUUGCCAUUGCUCGUGAUGGUGCAAGUGGAGGCGUCGUCCACACUGUGAUUAUCAAUGCUGAUGGUGUUACUCGGAACUUCUACCCCGGCGACACGCUCCCAUUGUGGCACGAGGAGUUGGAGGCGCAUAGCUCUCUUCUCGACAUCCUGUCGUCAGGAAGCUCAGCUGAGAGCCCAGUGCCAAUGAGCACAUGAGAUAUGGUAGAUGAUGGCAAAUUUUUAUUUGUUUAUUUUGUCUGAACUUCAGAUUCAAAAUAUAAUUACACUCAAAUUCAUGUAAAAAUUGUAUAGUAGUAAUUUAUCUCCGAAGUACGCUCCCUUCGUUACAUUGUUCUUUAAAAUUUUCACUAUUUGAAAGAGUUUUAAAUUUUGUUUUUUA